CCGAAAAAAUUACGUGUAGACUGUAACAAACGUAGUACGCUCGCUUGUGCUAUAGAAAGUUCAAGCUUCAUCCACAAAAAGCGAAUUGGUGUUAGAUCACGAUUUUGAUUUUUCUUAUAAAACUCUAUUUCCGACAAGCGUCCUUUUUGAUUCGACAUGCAAUCACCGAUAUGAGAGCCCGGCAAAUGAUUACCACUAAAAAAAUAAAUCUAAAAUCAAUCGGCCGAAGAAUUCUUCACGAAAGCAUUAUUUCUAACCACUGAUUUUGGACAAGUGUUUUUGUUUACUAUAUUCAGAAGAAGGGUGAAGUGACAACCUGGAAUGAAAUUUAGUUUUCAAGAUGAAUUACCCAAAUUUUCAACAAAUGACCGACGCUGAUAUUAAAUAUUGGCUACGAAAGAUGGAAUUCCCAAAUUGUGCUAGGGAGGCACUGUCUACGAUAGCAAAUUUAUGCAGCAUGUCUGGACCACCCGUGAGAAUGCAAAUUCAUCUCCAAACGGAUCUCAUGGAAGAAUUUGUGUUUGGAGAACUGGCAAAAUUGAAGCAGCAAAAGAAACCGGUAGCGCUCCAAGAGUUUCAACUGAUAGAAGUAAUGAGUACAUUUUUUAAAGCUCCUGAACGUCCACCAGCGGUCAGAAACGCAGUAUUUUUAUUUUUAUAUCCUGCUGAAUCAACGAGAUUCAAGAUUCUCGGCAAUCUCGUGUCUCUCGCAAUCGCAACUCAAAACAAAGAAGUGCUCGAUUCUACAGGAAUGUGGAUGCAACAGUUGGGUUCGACGUCGGUUCAGAGUGUUGAUUUGGCGAGGCACAUAUUGAACGAUUUUUUUAUUUAUACUCCAAAUGCAAUUGAUAAACUGAAACAGUUGCCUACGCUUGUGCCACAUUUCACAGCAAAUUUGCUUACAGCAGUGGGUGAAGUUUACAAAGACAAAGAUCCUCCCAAUGAAUUAUUAAAAUUGGCAGGCGAUUGGAUAGACGAAAAUCCAAGUCUCUUGUUAACGUCUUUGAUGGACAAUCCAGCUCUGCCGACGGGUGGAAUUCCCAUGACUCCCAUAACUCCUAUCGCUGGUUUAUUCAGAUGGUGCAUCCUUGGCCCAGCUAGAAAAUCUUUGGAAUCCAUAAGCCCAGAAAUGAUAGAAGAACGAAACAGAUCUUAUUCCAAAAUUCAACAACUACUGAUGGAUUCUGUGCUUCGCUUGACUAGUAGCGGUAGCAACAAGCACGCCAUAUCUGCUCAACAUCUCGCUGAUACCACGAGGACCUUGAGUAAUCUGCUCCAAAGCUUAGGUAACGAAGUCGAAAAAAAUCACCGAGAUUUGGCGAUGGAGAGACUCGCUCAGGCUGUUAGUACUGCAAUGUCUGCCAAUUGUAUAUACGGGAAUAAACAAGAAUUACUUGGCCUAUUGCAGCCUUUGGCAGUCAGGCACUUCCUGAUCGAAUGGACAUUGCAAACAUAUGCCUCCAAAGCAUCGUAACACUGUGAUCACAUUAGACCACAUUUUGUAAAUUAUUUCAGAAUAUAUUUUUUUUCUACAUCAA